AGUCCAAUUUCUCACCCUUCAUAUUUUCUCUCUCUUCGAUCGUUCAAUCAAAUCUCUCGCUCUCUCAAACUCCCCAUUUCGCUCUCUGCUCUCACUACUCGUUUGAAAAACCCUAGGCAUUAACUGUUGCUGAUCCCUUCGCGAUGAUUCCUUUCACCUCCACUGUUUCUACACAGAUUCGGUUUCUGCUCAAUAGCUUGAACGCUUCCAAUUCUGACACUGUUUUCCAUGAGCUCCGUCAGUAUCUGGCAUAUGGAGUUGAAGGGAGCAUAUUGCUGCUUCAGACGUGCGUUGAUCAACUGAAUAUUUAUGGGAAAGAUUUGAAGAACACACAGCUGGAUCCUGUAUUUGCUUCCAUUUUCAGAUGCAUCUUGGACAAGCCAAGUUUCAGCACUGCUUUUUCUGAAUCCCUAAAGGAUACUGCAAUCAGUGAGGAGUUUUUGGUGAAUCUCUCUACUGCUUUACAGUUGACAAUAUCUGAAAAAAUUGGAGUUGGCCUUGCAUUGUCAGACUCGGAAAAUGUUGAUGUCAGGAAAUGUGGAACCAACUAUUGCAUGGGUCAGAUAGCAGAAUUAUGUUCCACCAAUUCUUCUUUAGAUGAUGUCAUGCCAAUUCAGAGUGUUCUUUUGUUUCUGGAUCAAUCUGAAGGCCUCUCUAAGCAUGUAGACUUGUUUAUGCAUAUGCUAUCGCUCAUCCAGUCAAAAGAAGAAGCCCAGUUCAUUUUAACUCCUUUGCUUUCUGAUGAACUUCGUGAAGCUAAUUUUUUGAGGAACUUAGAUUUCUUAAAUGAUGGUGGUGAAGAUGAUUUUGAUGCUCUUGUGGCAGAAAUGGAGAAGGAAAUGAGCAUAGCGGACAUAAUGAAGGAAUUGGGUUAUGGAUGCACUGCUAAUGUCUUGCAAUGCAAAGAAAUGUUAUCCUUAUUUUUGCCGUUGACUGAAGUAACUGUUGCUAGGAUACUUGGUAUGGUUGUACAUACCCGCUCUGGCAUUGAGGAUAACCAGAAUGUGUUCUCAACGUUCCGUGCUGCUCUUGGUAGCAGCACUGUAUCUGAUCCAUCUCCAUUGGAUUCUUGGAAUGCUGACGUCCUUAUUGAUGCAAUAAAGCAACUUGCUCCUGGACUUAACUGGGUAACUGUAAUGGAAAACCUAGAUCAUGAGGGUUUCUAUAUUCCCGAUGGAACAGCCUUUUCCUUUUUGAUGUCCAUUUACAAACAUGCCUGUCAGGAUCCUUUUCCUCUUGGAGCUAUUUGCGGUUCUCUCUGGAAGAAUGCUGAGGGUCAGCUUUCCUUACUUAAGUAUGCUGUCUCGGUGCCUCCUGAAGUAUUUACCUUCGCGCAUUGUGGGAGGCAACUGGCUUAUGUUGAUGCGGUGAAUGACCAUAAAAUCCAAAUUGGACAUGCAAAUCAUGCAUGGUUGUGUCUUGACCUUCUCGAAGUUCUUUGCCAGUUGGCUGAGAGAGGUUAUGCAAGUUCUGUGCGAUCCAUUCUGGAGCACCCUCUGAAGCACUGUCCAGAAGUCUUGCUUCUUGGGAUGGCCCAUAUCAAUACUGCGUAUAAUCUCCUCCAGCAUGAAGUUUCCGCUGCUGUUUUCCCUGUUAUGCUAAAAAAUACUGGUGCUAAUGGUAUGAUUCUUCAUUUGUGGCAUGUUAAUCCUAGCAUCUUGUUGCGGGGUCUUGUUGAUACAUUGAAUGUUGACCUGGAGAACACCUACAAAGUCUUGGAUACAUGUCAAGAGCAAAAGAUUCUAUCAUCGGUACUGGAUAUGAUUCCUUAUGCUUUCGGCAUCAGACUUGCUGCCCUUGCUUCCCGCAAAGAACUCGUGGAUUUGGAGAAAUGGUUAAGCAAUAACUUAAGCACAUUUAAAGAUAUCUUCUAUGAGGAAUGCCUUAAGUUCUUGAGGGAGGUACAUCUCGCUGCUCAAGAUGUUGCUUCCAACUGCUUUGAUCCUCCCAAUGCUCUUUGGACUAUUUAUUCAGAAACUUCUUCAACCUUUUUAAAGGUACUUAAGUCUCAUUCUGGUCUAGUUUCUUCACGCCACUUAUCGGAGGAGCUGGACAAGUUGCACAUAACAUACAUGGAUGCUAAUUCAAGGCUUAAGAGUGUUGGUGGUGCUGAUUCAUCCACUUCUGAUGGUUCUGAUGAUAUUGAAGCGGAAGCAAACAUAUACUUCCAUCAAAUGUUCUCUGGUCAGCUGACUAAUGAUGCAACAGUUCAAAUGCUUGCUCGUUUCAAAGAAUCGACUGAAAAAAGGGAGCAAGCAAUUUUCGAGUGCAUGAUUGCUAAUCUGUUUGAAGAAUACAAAUUUUUCUCCAAGUACCCAGAAAGGCAGCUCAAAAUAGCUGCUGUUCUAUUUGGAUCACUUAUUAAGAAUCAGCUGGUAACUCAUCUUGCACUUGGUAUUGCCUUGCGAGCUGUCUUGGAUGCGUUGCGCAAGCCUGCUGAUUCAAAGAUGUUUGUUUUUGGGAUUAUGGCACUUGAACAGUUUGUUGACCGUCUGAUUGAAUGGCCACAAUACUGCAACCAUAUCUUGCAAAUUUCUCAUCUCCGGGCAACUCAUUCGGAGCUUGUUGCGUUCAUUGAACGAGCGCUUGCUAGGAUAUCACUGGCACAUUCUGAAUCAGAGGUAGCCCACAGUCCCGCUGCUGAUCAAUUCCAUGGUCCUAUAACAUCUUCCCCAAUGAAUGCCGAGGGUUCAACAUUUCCCGUGGUUGGACAGGGUAGCUUGCAGCAAAGUAUGCAGGGAUCCUCUUCAAACCAGCUUCCUCAGAGACAGCAAAGUUCCUUAGAUGAGAGAAAACCCUCUGCUGUUCUCUCCAGCUACUUGAAGCCGGCUUUAUCAUCUGCAGUGCAACCUGCCGCUGUUCCUUCAAGUGAUACGGCUGGCAUUCAGAAGCCACAGGGUUCAGUCAGUGCUUCAGCAGUACUCACUUCUUCUCCUGGUUUUCUUCGUCCAUCUCGGGCCAUUACCUCAGCAAGAUUUGGUUCUGCGUUGAAUAUUGAAACACUUGUUGCUGCUGCAGAGAGAAGAGAAACACCCAUAGAGGCUCCUGCAUCAGAAAUUCAGGAUAAGAUAUCAUUUAUUAUCAAUAACUUAUCUGCGGCAAAUAUUGAAGCCAAAGCGAAAGAGUUUACUGGAAUUUUGGAAGAGCAGUACUACCCGUGGUUUGCUCAGUAUAUGGUGAUGAAAAGAGCGAGCAUUGAGCCAAAUUUUCAUGAUUUGUACCUGAAGUUCCUAGAUAAAGUAACUUCAAAAGCUUUGUACAAGGAGAUUGUCCAAGCAACCUACGAGAAUUGCAAGGUUCUUUUAGGGUCAGAAUUGAUAAAAUCAAGUUCAGAAGAGCGUUCUUUGCUGAAAAACCUUGGAAGCUGGCUAGGGAAAAUUACAAUUGGAAGGAAUCAAGUCUUGAGGGCGCGGGAGAUUGAUCCAAAGUCUUUGAUUAUAGAGGCGUAUGAAAAAGGUUUGAUGAUUGCAGUUAUUCCUUUUACUUCGAAGGUUCUGGAACCAUGCCAAAGCAGUCUAGCAUACCAACCGCCUAACCCUUGGACCAUGGGUAUUCUUGGGUUACUUGCUGAGAUUUACGCAAUGCCAAAUCUUAAAAUGAAUCUCAAGUUUGACAUUGAGGUCCUGUUCAAAAAUCUUGGUGUGGAUCUAAAAGAGGUAGUUCCAACUUCUCUUCUCAAGGACAGGGUGAGAGAAGUGGAAGGAAAUCCUGACUUCUCAAACAAGGAUGUUGGAUCUUCCCAACCACCUAUCGUGGGUGAUGUCAAAUCUGGCAUUAUAUCUUCACUAAACCAGGUUGAACUACCACUUGAGGUUCCCAGUCCUUCUCAUCCUAGUGGCCCUUCGCGUAUUUUAACUCAGUAUGCUGCUCCUCUUCAUAUUCCAUCUGCUCCAAUGACGGAGGAUGAGAAGCUAGCAGUGCUUGGGCUGUCUGAUCAGCUUCCUUCUGCUCAAGGUCUUUUACAAGGGCAAUCACCUUUUUCUGUUAGUCAGCUUCCUGCACCUGCAUCUAAUAUUGAGCAGCAAUUUGUUGUCAAUCCUAAGCUUCAUGCUCUGGGCCUGCAGUUGCAUUUUCAGAGUGUACUUCCCAUUGCUAUGGAUAGAGCUAUCAAAGAGAUUGUGUCCAGCAUUGUGCAGCGCAGUGUUUCUAUAGCAACUCAGACGACAAAGGAGCUUGUUUUAAAGGACUAUGCCAUGGAAUCGGAUGAGACCCGCAUAUGUAAUGCUGCACAUUUGAUGGUUGCCAGUUUGUCAGGAAGUCUCGCUCAUGUGACAUGCAAGGAACCUUUACGUGGUUCAAUAUCGGGCCAGCUUCGUACUUUACUUCAGGGAUUGGGUAUUGCAAGUGAGCUCCUUGAACAAGCUGUUCAGCUUGUUACUAAUGACAAUCUCGAUCUUGGCUGUGCAAUGAUCGAACAAGCAGCAACGGAUAAGGCUAUACAGACGAUUGAUGGAGAAAUAGCUCAACAGCUAGCCAUUAGAAGGAAGCACAGAGAGGGUGUUGGUCCGACAUUUUUUGAUGCAAGCCUUUAUACACAAGGACAUAUGGGUGGUUUACCAGAAGCUCUUCGCCCUAAACCUGGCCGCUUAUCCCAUUCUCAGCAACGGGUUUAUGAGGAUUUUGUCCGCUUACCUUGGCAAAAUCAAUCAAGCCAAAGCCCAAACGCUGUUCCUGCUGGUCCAUCUACUUCUUCUGGCAGCGGUGGUGUCUCCAGGGCUUAUAUGGCUGGAAGUGGACAAAUGAACCCCAGCCUUUACUCGUCUGGCGUUGUAAAUGCAGGAAUUAGUGCUGUUCCGCAGCCAUUGGAAAUAUCAGAUGAGAUAGAUACUUCAUCUCAGCUUAAUAGUGCAUCUUCUCCCCAUCUUGGGAUGGGUGAUAGUGCCGCUUCUAACAAUUUUGAAACCGAGGCUAUUGCUGAACCAUUCACAUCGGUGUCAGCUCCUGAAUUGCAUCCACUGGAACCUUCAAACAUUGCAAAGGACUCGGGAGCUUCUUUACAGCCAUCAAAUGCAACAGCUGCCUCUGAACGUGUUGGAAAUAGUAUCUCGGAACCAUUGCUGACAACUGGUGAUGCUUUGGAUAAGUACCAGAUUAUUUCUGAAAAGCUUGAAAGCCUGGUGAGUGAAGAAGCUAAGGAGGCAGAAAUUCAGGCGCUUAUUGCUGAAGUUCCAGCAGUCAUCCUCAAAUGUAUUAGUAGAGAUGAGGCUGCCUUGGCAGUGGCCCAGAAGGCUUUCAAGGGAUUGUAUGAAAAUGCAUCAAAUAGUGCACAUGUUGGUGCUCAUCUUGCAAUUCUGGCUUCAAUCCGUGAUGUUAGCAAGCUUUUUGUUAAGGAGCUAACUAGCUGGGUUAUUUACUCCGAAGAGGAGCGGAAGUUCAACAAAGACAUUACGGUUGGUUUGAUACGGAGUGAACUGCUAAACCUUGCUGAGUAUAAUGUGCACAUGGCUAAAUUACUUGAUGCUGGCAGAAACAAGUCUGCUACUGAAUUUGCUAUAUCUCUAAUUCAAGCGCUGGUGAUAAGUGAUUCGAGAGUCAUAUCGGAGCUACAAAACCUUGUUGAAGUGCUGGCUAAGAUUGCAGCAAGACCAGGGUCUCCUGAGUCUCUACAACAACUAGUGGAGAUCGCUAAGAACCCUGCUGCUGCUAAUGCUGCUACACUGUCUAGUGUUACUUUUGGGAAGGAGGAUAGCAACAAACAAUCUAGAGACAAAAAGAUUGCUGGGCCUGCUACUGGUACCAGAGAAGAUUAUGGUGUUUCUGAAUCUGUUGAACCGGAUCCUGCAGGCUUUCGAGAGCAGGUCUCUAUGCUGUUUGCUGAAUGGUACCGUAUUUGUGAAAUUCCGGGAGCGAAUGAUGCAACUCAUGCUCAUUAUAUCCUGCAAUUGCACCAGAGUGGCUUAUUAAAAGGCGAUGAAACUUCAGAUCGUUUUUUCCGCAGACUCACGGAACUUUCCGUCUCGCAUUGCCUUUCGUCUGAGGUUAUGAGUUCCACCCCUCAAUCUCACCAAGCACAACCUCUAUCGUUCCUUGCAAUUGAUAUAUAUGCCAAAUUAGUGUUCUCAAUUUUGAAGUUUUAUCCUGUGGAUCAGGGAUCUAGUAAAUUAUUGCUGCUGCCAAAGGUUCUCGCUGUCACUGUCAAAUUCAUCCAGAAAGAUGCUGAGGAAAAAAAGAUGACAUUUAAUCCUAGACCAUAUUUUAGGCUUUUCAUUAAUUGGCUAUUGGAUCUCUGUUCCCUGGACCCUGUUUUUGACGGUGCAAACUUUCAGGUUUUAACAGCUUUGGCCAAUGCCUUCCAUGCUCUUCAGCCCCUCAAAAUUCCAGGAUUCAGCUUUGCAUGGCUUGAACUUGUAAGUCACCGAAGUUUUAUGCCGAAACUUCUUGCUGGGAAUGCUCAGAAGGGGUGGCCUUAUUUUCAGCGGUUGUUGGUGGACCUCUUCCAGUUUAUGGAGCCCUUUCUUAGGAAUGCUGAGCUAGGAGAACCGGUCCAGUUUCUGUAUAAAGGGACUCUCAGGGUUUUGUUGGUUCUCCUGCAUGAUUUUCCAGAGUUUCUGUGUGACUACCAUUUCAGCUUCUGUGAUGUUAUCCCUCCAAGCUGCAUACAAAUGCGAAAUAUAAUUUUAAGUGCAUUUCCUCGCAACAUGAGGCUUCCUGAUCCAUCAACUCCCAACUUAAAGAUUGAUCUACUUGCAGAGAUUAGUCAAUCCCCUCGCAUUCUUUCUGAAGUUGAUGCAGCUCUUAAAGCAAAGCAGAUCAAGGGUGAUGUAGAUGAAUAUCUGAAGACAAGGCAACAGGGAUCUCCAUUUUUGAGUGAAUUGAAGCAGAAGUUGCUGCUCUCUCCAAGUGAAGCCGCCAAGGCUGGGACGCGCUACAAUGUACCCCUUAUCAACUCCCUUGUACUCUAUGUUGGAAUGCAGGCUAUCCAGCAGCUGCAGGCAAAAACUCCUCAUGCACAGUCGAUGCCCAGUAGUGUUCCAUUUGCAGUAUUCUUGGUUGGUGCUGCUCUGGAUAUUUUCCAGACUUUAAUAAUGGACUUGGACACGGAGGGGCGUUACUUGUUUUUGAAUGCAGUUGCUAAUCAAUUGCGAUACCCAAACAAUCACACACAUUACUUCUCCUUUAUUCUGCUCUACCUAUUUGCGGAAUCAAAUCAGGAGAUGAUCCAAGAGCAGAUAACCAGAGUCCUAUUAGAACGCCUGAUUGUGAAUCGACCUCAUCCGUGGGGUCUCCUGAUCACGUUCAUUGAGCUUAUAAAGAAUCCUAGGUACAACUUUUGGAGUCGACCAUUUACAAGAUGUGCUCCAGAGAUAGAGAAACUGUUUGAGUCUGUCUCAAGAUCAUGUGGUGGCCCUAAACCUGUGGAUGAGAGCGUGGUGUCAGGUGGAAUACCUGAUAUCCAUUAGAUGAAUUUUUCUUAUCUAUGUAUCCUGGUAGUAUUAUCCAUUUGUAAUUUGCUGCAUCUCCUCUUGACCUGUUUAUAGAGUGCCGGCUUAAAUAAUUUUAGUGCUGUUGUAGCGAAUUAACUUGAUUCUACUGUUAGUUAUAAUGGAUACUUAAACUUUAGAUCUUCUUUA